GGGGGGGGAGCGCGAGCCCAAAAGCCAGCGAGAGAGGGAGCGAGUGGUGCGGCGCGUCGCGGCGCGCGCAGCCCAUGAGGCGGUGAGAGGCCUGGGGCCUGUCUCGGAGCAGCGCGCGGCGCCGGCCAGCAGCGGGCCGCCCUUCGUGGGCCCGGGCCCGGGCGCGGCGGCCGCCCGUGGAGAAGCAGGUCGGGGCGGUGGAAGCUGUGCGUCCGGGCCCCCCGCCAUGGAGGGCAUGGACGUGGACCUAGACCCCGAGCUCAUGCAGAAGUUCAGCUGCCUGGGCACCACAGACAAGGACGUGCUCAUCUCCGAGUUCCAGCGGCUACUCGGCUUCCAGCUCAACCCGGCCGGCUGCGCCUUCUUCCUGGACAUGACCAACUGGAACUUACAAGCGGCAAUUGGCGCCUAUUAUGACUUUGAGAGCCCGAAUGUCAGUGUGCCCUCCAUGUCCUUUGUUGAAGAUGUCACCAUAGGAGAAGGGGAGUCAAUACCCCCUGAUACCCAGUUCAUAAAAACAUGGCGGAUCCAGAAUUCUGGGGCAGAAGCCUGGCCUCCGGGGGUUUGUCUUAAAUAUGUCGGGGGAGACCAGUUUGGACAUGUGAACAUGGUGAUGGUGAGAUCACUAGAGCCCCAAGAGAUCGCAGAUGUCAGCGUCCAGAUGUGCAGCCCCAGCAGAGCAGGAAUGUACCAGGGACAGUGGCGGAUGUGCACUGCUACUGGACUCUACUAUGGAGAUGUCAUCUGGGUGAUUCUCAGUGUGGAGGUGGGUGGACUUUUAGGAGUAACGCAGCAGCUGUCAUCCUUUGAAACGGAAUUCAACACACAGCCACAUCGCAAGGUAGAAGGAAACUUCAACCCGUUUGCCUCUCCCCAAAAGAACCGACAAUCAGAUGAAAACAGCCUAACAGACCCUGGGGGUUCCGAGUUCGACUCGAUCAGCAAAAAUACAUGGGCUCCUGUUCCUGACCAAACCGAGCAAGAUCAGGAUAGACUGUCACAGAACUCUGUAAAUCUGUCCCCCAGCAGUCACGCAAACAACCUAUCAGUAGUGACUUACAGUAAGGGGCUCCACGGGCCUUACCCCUUCGGCCAGUCUUAAACGGGUGUCAGCAAGAAGAAAAACUAACAAAGACAGAAGGCCUGACUUUGGGGGGAGAGGGCAAGGGGUUCCUCUGGAUUGCAGAACACAUCGCAUGGACCCCUGGCUCAGACCCCCACCUACCCCCCAAUCACGGAAGAAGAGGAAGAAAGAGACUAGUUUUGAGUGAACUCAGUAUGCGUGUGUGAAUGCUGAACUGCGGAGUGGUGUUGAGGCGACCGAGAAGAGAUCCACGCAGCCACCUUGGGUUUGGUGAUGACGUCAGUCUAAUGAGUUGUUAGGUCACUGGGGAAGGGGAAGAAAUUUAAAUGGGGGAAAAUAAGCCAUCUUUUUAAACAAAAAUUAUUUUACCUACAGAGAGGUUGUAGUUUUGAGCACACAUUAGUUUCUCCCUCCCUCUUCCUGAUGUUUAUCUUCUACAUAAAGGACAGCAUGCUACAGGACAGCGCCUGCUCUGUGCCUGUCACAGGAAGGCUGGCGUGGCAUGCCUGGGACUCUGCUAGUCAGGGCUGCUGGGCACGUGCUGGGUGCCGCCGACUGCAGAGUCCGACCCCGCUUGUUCUUAGGACAUCUGCCAGUGAGAAGAUGUCACCUUCCUCCUCCUUCUCCUUAACCUCUUGUUAAUUCACCCCUUAGAACUGGUGUCCGUCAGCCUUGGGGCUUCUUAGCAUCAGAAUCUCCCUGAGGCAAGGACUUCCUGUGUGGCCACAGAAGCUCGGGGCACUCCAUCCCAGAGGGUCCUUUCCUCACACUUGUGACAGCUGGAGUGCAGUGGCUCCCGCUGCGUGUGCGCACGUGUGCGCCAUGCACACGGGGUUGUAGGGCAUCUGCAAGUGUGAAGUGUCCCCUGCUUCUCUUGUCACACAGCUCCCCUCCCUGGGUCUCCCCCACAUGUCCUGUGGCUCCAGCCAUUACAGAGUGAUGGCGCAGCCCCGGCAGGAGCCCCACCACUGACCACUACCUGAGAGGCCACAGUCAGGUGGAAAUGAAAAGACCUGCAGUGGGGCGGGGCUGCUUAGUGUGGGCAGCAGGUGCCCACUGGUGUCCCGUGGACUCCACUCGGGUUGAAGUGUGGAUGUCUCCAUGGGACACUGAAACCAGGCUAGAACAGCUGUCUGCCAAAGAUACAAGAAUAUGCAAAGUCCUCCCCUUAACCCCUCCUUCCAUAAGUCGGUGGCUCGAGAGCCGGGGAUUUGGAUUUGGUGUGGUUGCAGGGUCCCCUGCCUGCCUCCAGCCCCCAUGUGCUCCAGGGUUGUGAGCAGAGCAGGGAGAUCAAGGUGUGAGUGGCUGUAGGUGGUCUUCUAGCGCGGGUGCGGGUCUGGUCUGCCUGCCUGUCUGUCUCUGUCUGGAUGUUUGAGUUCCAAAAAGUGUGUGGUGUGUGUGUUCCUCAUCUUCUGAGACUGUUGAUUUUAAACACUUGAUUGUGAACGAAACGCUUCUAUGAAAACCCCUCACCUUUCCAUGUCCCCAAAAACAAACCAACAAAAGUCCCUGGGGCAGGUGGAGAAGUCUGUGGAGAAAGAAGACGGUGUGGCUGGGUCUCCAGUGAGGUGGGUGGGACUUCUGUGUGACCCUUACUUCCUCUGCACACGUGGACCCUUGAGCCAAGAGCAGUUCCUACCAGGUGCCCAAGCCACAAGUCUCAGGGGGCUUUGUCUGAGGACCUUCUUGGGGCCAGACAACUGAUGCCAGUCUCUGAGGACACUGCCACCCUUGAGCACAUGCAUGCCCAGCCAUUCUCCUGCUCUGGCCUUGGAGCAGGGGCUCCAGACGCUCUCCUGGAACCGAGAGGCUGCAGCCUGGCCUCACUGGCUUCCCCGUCUGACCCCAUUAGGACCACACUUGCUCAGUUUCCAGCUGUCGCCAAGUGUCCUCCCUCUCCUCCUGUGCCCCUUCCUGCUUGUAGCAGCCCCACUUGGCAAAUGUAACAGCUCAGGUACCCUGGCUUCCUUCCCAGAAACAAGCCUUGUCUGUGCAUCCUGGAGAGGUAGCUCCUUCAGAAGGCCAGAGCUGGUGCAAGCCUUGACCAUUCUGCAGCCCUUAGAGCCGUCACACAUGAGCACUCGGCCAUCUUUUGGCAGGACCCCCAACUGACAGCACAUGCCAAGUUUCAGGAGGAUGGGGGGCCAUCAGUGGGUGCAGUCUUGGGAAGAAUCUGUGUAUGUACGUGUGUGUCUGUGCACGCGCGUGUGCAUGCCUGUGUCUUUUUGACAUGGAGACAACUGAAUUUGGAAUAUUUGUCUACAAAGCAGCCUCCUAUCCCCCCGUGUGGACUGGCUGUAGCCAUAAGCCAGGCGCUUACACCAAGAUAGCUGGUGGCCAAGGUGGGAAGUGGGCAUGAGUGUAAAGACCCGGAUUUAGCCCAGCUCCCAGCAGGAAAGGACAGAAUCAUCAGGCUCACAGGUGCAGACCGGUGUGCUCUCUCCACCUGCCCUCUUACCCCUUGUUUCCUUGGGUGAAUGUGGGGCAGCCUGCUGUCCCUCCCUCCUGGACACUGAUGGCUGUCUGGUGGGGGCUUGUGGUGCCUAGGAGAUGAAGAUGAGGUUUUCCUUACCAUGUAAAUGAAUAUUUGUAUGAUUAAAUUAACACAAAAAAAC